AUGGCUUUAAGCGCACGCUCUGAGCGCUGCUGGGACGAGCUCCCUCAUGAGAUCCUCCUUCAGAUCUUGUGCUACCUUGAACCUCAGCAGUUGCCCAGACUUCAGCUUGUUUCACGAAAACUCAGAGACGUUUGUCUUGAUGACGAACUCUGGAAGCGUCACUGUUUCGAGAGUUCACCAUGGUUUUCUUUUCUUCAGAACCGCAGAAAGGUCUUCGCUUCUUUGCCCGACACUUCACUGGGAAAGUCUGUUCAGGUAGAAGAGGAUGAUGAUGGCUCUCUACUCGAGCAAGAUGAGACGCCUCGGAUAGACAAGGACCAUUUUCAGUUUCUUCAAGAUAUGGCCAACUGGGAUCCUGCGUUCCCGGAUGAGCAUGUUUCGUGGUACGACGAAUACAUCCAACGUCAGGGCCCGACAACCACCAAUUGGCUCGAGACGCCCCGUGCAAAACAAGGCGGUUCGGAUCAUUCCAUCGAAGUCAGAGGCAUGACACUAUACCGCCCUAACAACGGUGAUGAUGGCCUCGGCAGUUUGUUGGCCGUUUCACCACUGGACGAUGGAUCUGUGUGCCUAUGGGACGUCAACGGUACCAGAGGUAAGAGAGGAGGUAUUGUUGCAACUAGUCAGCCGGAUAUUCUCUUCUUCGAUGGCCGAGGAGAUCAGAACACGAGGCGGUCCAAGAAGAUCGACACGGGCGUCACUGAAUGUGUCAGUGUUAACAACAGCAACCACAGGGCUGUCUUUGCUGUGCAGAGUCAUCUCAUAGAAGUAGAUCUUAACCGUUUGCAAGUUGUCAACCGACACUCAUUCGAGUGGUCCAUCACAACUCUAUCACAGAUCCAGGAUGGCAUCCCUAUGACUGUCGGCACUUCAUUGGGUAUCCAUCUUCAAGACUUCCGUGCGCCUUCACAUUUCCAUGGUGAUAUUGUGGAGCGACUAGAUGGCCCUGGGUCAGAAGGAGAUAACCCUUUCAAAGCCAUCUUCGACCCGAACCCAUUGCCGCCGUACGCCUCAUUGUCUCAGCCAACGCCAACAAGUAUUCUUCAUUUACCCCGUCCAGCCGGUGACGACAUGGUGUCGGACGACAUCUACGUGGCGGGGAGGUUCUCCAAUAUUCUUCACUACGACAGGCGGCAGUUCCCAAAGAUCGUGGGUUCUAUCUACUCAGGGUCGCGGAUAUCCAGUUUGGCAGCGUUGCCGUACCCAUUCUCCACGUUAGAUUAUGAAGUACGCCGCCGUGGAGAAUUCUCGGCUGAAAGAGUCCAAGAGUGCAAAACAUCUGGCAACGGCCGAACUCUUAUCGCAGGCGGAGAGUACAAAACUAAGGGUUCACUCGAGGUAUACGGCUUGGAUUCUGUAGACCUAUCGAGUGAUGGGGAGAUGCAGCAGAACUCAACUAUGAAGAACCGAUAUACUGCGGCCUCAUCUAUCAUCCUGUCGGUAAUCAAUCACGGAACCAAGAUAGCAUUCUCAGAUGGAGCCGGGCAGAUCAAGUGGUUUGAAAGGGACGGAUAUAUAGAAUGCCGACGUAUUAAGAUCGGCAACAGUGACGCACCUACGCAAGCAUCACUCUUCGCCUCGAUGCCAGGGUCCGACGAUCUCGCCCGCAAGAUCUUAUCCACCAAGACGCAAGAUCGCGACCGGCCCAACGAAGACAACGUGAUCUUCUGGACGGGAGAAAAGCUUGGCAUGGUCAGCUUCACGGGAGAUACCCUGUUCACGCCCGAGGAACUACAAAACGACAAAGGCGCAAAGAGCGAGGAUGCGACAGAAGAGGAUCGGCAGCGCCAGCUAUAUUCUCAAAGGAUGCGGGAGGCGUUGGAGAAACAGGCUGACGAGGCUAGGUUUGUUCAAGGUCUGGGGUUAUAG